GAGACAAACCAUUUCUUGCGUUCUCCUUAGGGUCGUCGCUAUAUACACAACAUCCACUUCACUCCUCGGUUGCUCCUUAAUUCCACGUCGAGUGGCCUAGGAUAUUAGAUUCGCAACAUGUCCACCUCACAGAUCGUACUCUUUUCCCAGCCGCGCACAGGAUGUCAUCUGCUGGAGCGUAUCCUCAUGUCUAGGCAGACCGGCGCAAAGCUCCUCUCACACCCGAUGACAGCCGCAGCGGGAACGAUUAACCAAUGGCAACAGUCAAAGACCUUUAUGGACGGAAUACCCCGUGACGUGAGAGUGCUGCACGAGACACAAAUGAACGCUGGUUCGGCGGUCUGGGAGCAAGAACUGCAGGAUGCAGAGAAGACGGGCAAGGUCCUCUUUGUACAUGACCACCUGUUUUAUACAACCUCUCUGGAUUACGUGCAUGCUUCUGUCGUGUCCCCAGGGUCUAGCACGAAAGAAGGCAGCAACCUGAGUCUCAUUCCCGAGAAAUUGCUUCUCAAUCCAGGCACGGUACCGCUCUUCACUAUCCGACACCCAGUCCUCUGUGUGCCGUCCACUAUCAAGUCCAUACGCGACACCAAAACCGGGGGUGCGAGCAUCCCCGCGUACAGCAUCGGUACAAACCUCAGCUUUGCCCGCGACCUAUACGACUGGUACAUGAGCAAGGGAAUCGAACCCGUCGUCGUGGACGCAGAUGACUACAUGACAAGCGAGCACUUCUGCAGGGGACUGGCCAAGAGGCUCGGUCUCGACCCGGAACAGGUUGCCGUAACGUGGGAGCCUACGCCGGAGGAACAGCAGGAUCAAAUGCAUCCAAUCCUUCGCGCCAUCCAGAAGACACUCAUUGACUCCAAGGGCCUGGUCCCGGGCCGCGCAGCGAAGAACAUCAACCUGAAGGAGGAAGAGGCACGCUGGGAUAACGACUUUUCGCAGGAGGAAGUGGACUUGUGCCACCAACUCAUUCAGCGCAUGAAUCCAGACUACGAAUAUCUCAAGGAACACAAAUUUGUGGUCGAGUAAAGUUAUGGCUUCAUAAUCGGAGACUCACGAGACUCUCUCAGCCUGAGAGGUCAUCGCAUGAGAGGUUGUCCUAUGAGGGGGUCGAACUUAUGUGGCAUAUAAACCUGUCACUUUUACUUUGUCCAGACGGCGAUAGAUGUUGACGUCCAGAAUAUAUUGACAAAACUUUGGCAGAAAGCCAUAUCAUUCAGCCUGAAUUAUAAAAGUAGAAUGCAUAAUUUCUACAGAGAUACCUAGGCUGGUGGUUAUUUAUUGACUAGGCAGCCAGCUAUGUUGCCCCAAGAUGAACAGUCAGUCAGUCUUGAAA